CCAGGAAUUCAGGGUUUCUGCAAAGACCUGCUGGAAGUAGCCGACAUCCUGGAGAAGGCGACGCAGAGCGUGCCCAAGGAGGAGGUGAAGGAGGACAACCCCCACCUGAAGAACCUCUACGACGGGCUGGUGAUGACAGAGAUGCAGAUCCAGAAGGUGUUCACCAAGCACGGCUUGAUCAAACUCAGCCCCGAAGGGCAAAAGUUUGACCCGUACGAACACGAAGCGCUUUUCCACGCCCCGCUAGAGGGCAAGGAGCCGGGCACGGUUGCCAUAGUCACCAAGGUGGGCUACAAGCUGCACGGGCGCACUCUGAGGCCAGCUCUGGUGGGAGUGGCCAAAGCUCCAUAGCAUGUUCCCAGAUGAAGGUGACAGGUCUCUGUGGGUAAGGCUGGCGUUCUGCCUGGUGCCUGCAGGUCGGAAAUCCAACAGCUGAAUGAUGUUUUUCUGGACUUCAAGCACAACCUGUCAUCACUGUAUUAUGUUUUUUCUGAACGUCACAGGGUCUACAGAGAUCUGUAGGUAACAUUUUCCAGACAUGUAUAUACAUAUAAUUGUAACUUACAUAAUUGUAAGUGAAAUUUUAGCCCGUUCGUCACCUUUUCCGUAUGUACGCAGCUGGCUGAGUUGUGUGGACCAGGAUAAAGACCGUUGACCAUAUAAACAGGCCACUGUCAGCAAGCCCCAGCAUGGAGGCGUGCAGGAAAUGUGACGGCGUAUCUUUAUCUUUCAGGCUAACCCCGUUUUUGUCUAAUAAAAUGUGAGGAAAAGCCGAAAACUGCUUCUGUAGAGGGAUGUGAUAAAAAGUCAUUCAGACCUGUUCUGUCGGGGAAACACCUAUGGGAAUUCCCAGUUUGUAUUCAUUGUAAGCAGAGACUGAAAAUACUAACUGAAAUUGAUUGAUUAAUUGAAGUAUGUCUGUUGGAAACUGUAAAUCGUUUUUUUCUGUUAUAAAGUACAUAUUUAAAUUCCCUACCAGA